AUGGAAACGGGUCGUGACCCUACAAUAGUGAGAGUCUACGACUUGACGGUUGAGGGGUGGCCUCGGAAGGGUAAUGCCGUCCCACCUGAGUACGCAAACCGACGUGAACAGUUGUCCGUAUGCCAAGGCUGUGUGAUGUGGGGCACCAGAGUUAUCAUACCACCAAAGCUUCGAAACAGAGUACUAGAGUCUCUUGACGAUGGACAUCAAGGUGUGGUUAAAAUGAAGAGCCUGGCCAGAGGCCAUUUCUGGUGGCCUGGCAUUGACCACGAGAUUGAAGACAUCACAAAGUCAUGCUCGGGAUGCCUGCAAACUCAGCGUCAACCGCAGGUAGCUAUGCCACACACCUGGGAGUGGCCUUCAACUGUGUGGCAGAGAGUUCACAUCGACUACGCAGGCCCCUUUCUGGACAGAAUGUUUCUAGUGGUCGUCGAUGCAUACUCUAAAUGGCCUGAAGUGUUCCCUGUGAAGAAUGCCACAUCAGCAGUGACGAUUGAAGCUCUUCGUACUCUGUUUGCUCGUGCUGGACUGCCACAGCAGCUAGUUAGUGACAACGGUAGCCAGUUUACUUCAGAGGAAUUUCAGAUGUUCAUGAAGGGAAAUGGAAUUAAGCACAUUACCACCGUGCCAUUUCACCCUGCAACAAAUGGACUUGCAGAGAGAUUCGUCCAGACCUUCAAACAAUCCAUGAAAGCCAUGGCGAACAACAUAUUGUCCAUAUCAGAGAAACUGGCCAACUUCCUGUUUUCAUACCUCAACACAGAACAUUACACCAAAGGUCAGACACCGUCCAUGCUGUUCAUGGGAAGAUCCUUAAGAUCAUGUCUGGACCUCCUAAAGCCGGACCUGCACCGGGACGUGUCAAAGAAACAAAGCAGUCUGAUGAAAAAGCAAUUUCCCUUGAGAACCUUCCAUGAGGGCCAGCCUGUGCUUGCCAGAGAUUAUCGUCAUGGGAAUCAGAAGUGGCAAACUGAACCCGUCACUCCACCAGUAAUGAUCAAUGCCGUGAUGCAGACUGUGCAGACAGUUCUGAGGACUUCACACCAGGUGAACCACCGGACGAACCCCUGGAAGAACCACCAGAUGAACCGAAUGCAGAGACUGCUCCAGCAACGGAUAGCCCAGCUGCUUCUUCCAGACCUGUUCCGGAUGUACCAGAAAGGCGAUAUCCUGAACGAGAGCGACAUCCUCCACAGAGAUUAG